UCGCACCUGACAGCUUUGCUCGCUGUCAAAACUCCAAGUUUGCGUUCUUUCGUUUCCGGCAUCUCUGACUGCUCAGGAACACAUUUCAAAUAAUUAAAAGUUUAAAACCUUUUAAUUAAGGCACAAUGGCCAAAACCAAGACCGAGAAGAAGGCAAAGUCCGCCAUCAACGAAGUGGUGACCCGCGAGUGCACCAUCAACCUGAACCGGCGGCUGCACAAGGUCGGCUACAAGAAGCGUGCCCCGCGCGCCGUCAAGAUCGUGCGCAAGUUCGCCGAGAAGGAGAUGGGCACCAACGACGUCCGGAUCGACACCCGCCUGAACAAGGCCCUGUGGCACCGCGGAAUCCGCAACCCACCCUUCCGCAUCCGCGUGCGCCUGUCGCGCCGCCGCAACGACGACGAGGACUCGCCCAACAAGCUGUACACGCUGGUCACGUACGUGCCGGUGCCCACGUUCAAGGAGCUGCAGACGGAGAACGUCGAAUCGACCGAGGAUUAAGCGUCGUCUUCGUUCGUCUACCUUACCUUAACUAAGUAAUAUGAACGCGCGAGUCGGAGGAAUGUGAAGUUUGUGAAAAAUAUAAAAAGAGCCCAGGUGGACAAAACAAAA